AACGCGAGCUGCAUUUAUUCGGCCGACGCUAUUCGUGGCCGGUAGAACUGAUACCGCGAGUCGACGUUGCAAAGCAACGUGGAACUGCUGUCUGCUGUACCAAGCUAGCUACCAAUCUGUAGACGAUGUUUUGUUUUCCACUUGGCCUGCCGGUCCUAUACGCUGCUGUCUUUUGUCACGUACUCCUGGUUCGCUCUGAAGAGGCAUGCCAGUCGUUCGGAGGUGGUCAGGUCUACCCGCAAGAAUACACAAAAGCUUCUGGACACAGUCUACACUGGAGUAAAGCUCAAAUUUCAAAGCCAGCACCGAAUUUCACUGCCACAGCUGUGGUUGACGGAGAGUUUAAGGAAUUGAAGUUGUCAGACUUCAGGGGAAAGUACCUGGUAUUCUUCUUUUACCCCCUUGAUUUUACAUUUGUAUGUCCCACGGAAAUCAUAGCUUUCAGCGAUCGUGUUAAAGAGUUCAAGGCACUCAAUACUGAAGUGGUGGCAUGUUCAGUGGAUUCGCCAUUCACGCACUUAGCAUGGAUAAAAACUCCAAGAAACCAAGGUGGGCUCGGUCCUAUCAAGAUCCCACUGCUGUCAGAUCUGACUCAUCAAAUCUCGAAGGACUACGGGGUGCAUCUUGAGCACCUUGGCCACACACUACGGGGACUUUUUAUCAUUGACCACAAGGGCAUGCUUAGGCAGAUCACAAUGAAUGAUCUCCCUGUUGGUCGAUCUGUGGAUGAAACGUUGAGGCUGGUGCAAGCCUUCCAGUACACAGACAAGCAUGGAGAAGUGUGCCCUGCCGGGUGGAAGCCUGGAGGAGAUACGAUUAUCCCAAAUCCUGAGGGGAAGCUCAAGUACUUUAGCAAGAUGAAUGAAUGAGCUUGUGAAUGGAUCUCAACUGUGGGUCACUCUUUCAAUGCUGGGCAUUGCUGAUUGUAUUUUGUUGUUUUGUACUUUUUUGUUUGCAUCAAUAAAGUUCUGUAGUGUU